AUGUUCGCCCGCGCCGCCAGAUCCUUCUCAUCGACCGCGGCUUGCCGUCAAGACUUGGUUCAACAAGCUUUCGUCAACAAGAUCCGCGAAUUGGCCAAAAACGCCGGAAAUUUGGCCAACUCCGAUCCAGCCGUCAAGAAAUCCCUCCAAGAAGAACUCAACAGAUUGGCCACCAAAUUCCAACUCGCCAACUCCGAUGUUGUCUCCAAACUUCCAACUAGCUUCGAAACUGCCAAGGUAUGAGAUUUUUCGAAAAAUUUCGUUUUUCUUUUUCUUUGGGUCGGGUUAGCUAAACCGAAAUAAUCAAGUUUUUCGAAGUUAACUACACCGAGUCUCGAAAAUCAGCAAAUUUUUACCAAGAAAUGAAGCCUGCUUUCAAAUAAAAACUCGAUUGUUUCAGGUCGACUCAGCAGUCCAAUCAGCCCUCGAAGGAAAAGCAUUGAAAGAAUUGUUGGACGGAGUGAAGAAGGAGCAAACCGCCUACAUCGCCUCCCGUGACGCCAAAAGAGCCCAAGAAGCCGCUCGCAACAGUGCCCUUAAGCAAUAA